CUCGAAUCCAUUACCUCAAACACCGAUAGCUAUUAGAUGUCCAUCUGGUGACAUUUUACAACCACAUCUGUUGGAUGAACACGCUUACGACAUAAUAUUGAGAGAUGGUUAUACUUCUUGCAGUAACGUCCGUGCUGGUGGCGUUAUGCCACGCCCAGACUUGUGAGGAUGUGAAUUCCGCUAUCUGCCAGGAUAUGUACGCCAUUAAUCCCGCCAUUUGUUCCAGUGCAUGCUACUCCGUGGCUCUCUGUCCCCGUUUCUGUGGAAAAUGUCCAUUGAAGUGCUACUCCUGUCACGAGGUAGACAGCCCAGAUCUCUGUUACACAACCACACAAUGUCCAUCCGCGGAUCAUUUUUGCAUCGUGACGCAGGGUUUCAAUGAUGAUUUUAAGGACGUGUACAAACUCGGAUGCGCCUUAAGUUCAGUGUGCACGGCACACUUUGGUCCAGGAUUAGGUCGCAGAGAUGGUAGUCUGUCAGAGCGCAGCGGACCUCAAGGAUCAUGUUGCAGUACAGAUCUAUGCAACGUGAAGUCGCGGAAUAUAACAAUAGCAGGUCAUCCUCCAACACAACAAUCCACAAUGAUGUCGACAACAGGCCAGUCAUCUUUUUCAAAUUUCCCUGAUGUACCACGUGAUCUUCUUGAUAUUCUAUCGACUGCCCGACCAAGCCAAACAAUGACAUCAGUUCCUGCUGUGACAUCCGGUCUGUGUGAUGAUAUCGAUGGUGAUAUUUGUACCCGCCUUGAAACUCAUUUCCCAAGCAUGUGUAGCAUUGACUGUAUUGCUAACGAGGUGUGUCCAAGAAAAUGUGGCAAAUGCAUGGGCUGCUACCAAUGCAAUCACGUGACCAAUCCAGAAACUUGUACACAAAAAACAAUCUGUGGUAGAGGAGAGCAAUGCUUUUCGGUGGAGACGAUAUCAACAAAUUUUGAACAGGGAUUUAAACUUGGAUGCAUGGACGAGAGGCUUUGCUCAACGUUUGGCCAUGCCGCCCCAGGAAUUUUCGGAAAACGUCAGGGAUUUGAGUUGUCCCUCCACGGAGGAUGUUGUACAGGAGAGUUCUGUAACCACCACGCCCUACUGCCGACAUCUACUGUACCACCGACAACCAGCACUACAACUGUACCGACUACAACACAGACAGGUUGUCCUACUCACCUUUCGACGUGUCCACAAGGCUGGCUUCACCAUCACAGUUCGUGUUAUAGCAUCGGGACUCCAGCGACAAACUGGGGCAACGCCACGGCUCUGUGCGAGAAACAUUGUGCCGAGCUUGCCGAUUUUGAUUCCUCAUCAGAUCUUCAAAGUGUCGUUCUGGACCUAGGAUAUCAUUUUGCUGGACUAUCAAGUUCCGGUGGUGUCCAUGUUUGGGUAGCCGGUAAAUUAGUUCAUGGUGUAUGGCAAUGGACCACAACCGGACAUGCCGCUCAUUCCACCCUACAACACAAUACCCACUAUCACAACACGUACUGUGGUUAUAUAACCAUUGUCCCUCACACGGGCGGCCACACUGUGUUAGCAUUACCCAGCACCUCACUACACCGCCAAUCGUGUAGUGUUGAUUUUCUGCCUUUGUGUGAAAUCAAACAUGUCAACAAUUGAUGAAUAAAACUUAUUG